AUGUUCGUGAAUUCUCACCCUAUUUUCGCCAGUAAUAGACCAGUACCUCCUAGCGUUAUAUAUUUGGGUGCCCUUCAUUUACAAAAAGUCAAAGACUUACCAGAGGCACUGCAAAACUAUCUAGAUGAUUCAACACGGGGUGUGAUAUACGUCAGUUUCGGCAGCAAUGUCCGACCAUCCAUGAUGGAUUCCGAGCUUCUUGAAGUUUUUUUGGAAACAUUUAAGUUAUUACCAUACGAUGUGCUCUGGAAAUUUGACUACGAGAAUCUCGAAAAUGUUCCCAAAAAUGUCAAGAUCCAUAAGUGGUUUCCUCAGAGAGACUUAUUGCAGCAUCCAAAGAUAAAACUGUUUAUAACACAAGGAGGAUUACAGUCUAUCGAUGAAGCAAUAGAUGCAAGUGUGCCUCUUGUUGGUUUACCUAUGUUGGCCGACCAAUGGUACAAUAUCAACAAGUGUGUGGACCUUGGCAUUGCGGAGCAGGUUGACGUACUUACUAUGACUACAAAUGAUUUAGUAAGGGCAGUCACUAAAGUGGUCACUAAUAUUAGUUACAAAGAAAACUUUGUAAUCAUGGAAGAUCGGGAACCAAGAUCAUAUGAUAGAGCCUGUUAA